GUGCCUUUGUUUUUAAUCCAUUUAAAGUUUGGACGAAUUUCAGGGAAUGGAAGACUUUCAAACUAAUACGCGCUGGUUCUUACCGACCUUUCAACCUUCCAAUAAUGUACUAUCUCCUUUGAUAACUUACAGAAAUUACAAUGAAAAAGAAUCUUUUGCAAACGACGUGCCUUCAAUUCAAGAAUUACAGUCACUUUUAGAAGCUAAUGGGUAUAACGAUAGAUUUCUGCCAACCAAAGUUAAUUAUUCCUUAGAUUCUUUAAAAUUAUUACCAUGCUUGCAUGUCGAUAUACCUGAUGAAAAAAAUAAUUUUGAUAUGACAAAAACCAGAGGGCGUCCUAGCACCCAUACCCUGCAAAAACUUUGUUUAGAAAAUGUUCAUAGACACAAAUGCCCCGAAUGUCAUCGCAGCUUUCCACGAAAAAAAUCUCUUGAUACGCACUUGCUUACUCACAGUAAUAUCAAACCUUACAUAUGUGAUUAUCCAGGAUGCACACGUAAAUUUAAACAAAGUGGACAGCUAAAAACACAUCUUCGGUUGCACACUGGUGAAAAACCGUUUCAAUGUUCAUUUCCAUCUUGCACUGUUUCUUUUACUCAUGCAAAUCGAAAGUGUCCUCGUCAUCCUAUGCAUCCUUUAUAUAGAGUAACUGGGUUAGCCAUUCAAAAACAGUUACUUGAUAAUAGUCGGCUACAAAAUAAAACUUUAAAGCAUCCUUAUUGUGACAAACUAGUUGAUUGUUUUAGCAAUAGCCAUGUACUAAAAGCAAAUGACAAUGAAUUAACAGAUGAAGAUCAAAAACGUAUGUUAUCGGCUGUAGCUCUUGUUGAGUUACAGACUCAAAGUCAUUUUUUUAAAAACUCCAAUAACAAAGAAAAUGAAUAAUUUUUUUA